UCGGUCAAGCAAUAGUGUUGUGUUCCUGCCUGCUCGCGGAAGGCGCCCGCUCGCGUUUGCAGCCGAGAACUACAUUUCAGAUUUAGAUUAACUUGUCUCGGUCUAGAUUCUGAAAGUUUUCCAUCUGUCUGCUUAAGACUGAGAUUACCGUAUAGAAAAUCUUCCCAAAUAUAACGACCCAUAACGAAACAAUACCCCCCCAAAAACGAGGAUUUUAACAUUCAAAUUUCAAAAUUCAAAAUACAAACAUCGCCUCAAGACUAAAAUAAAUCUGAAAUCCCAAGAAGUUUCCUGAAAAGGCUCUUUCCUCACUCCAUCCCCCGCCCAGCACUCCACCAUGCACCACCCCGCCCACCUCCUGGUCGCCGCCCUCCUCCUCCUUCUCGUGCCCGCCUCCUCGUCUUCGAAGAAAGACCACUACCGCUUCCGCUCGGACACGCCCACAGAGGACCCCGAAUUCGACGGCGAAGACCACUAUUUCGGAAACAGCAUCACUCCCGCCUCCCGCUGCCGCCACAACUACCACGAGCGAACCGAAAACGCCAUCAAUCGACAGAUCAAUUUGUUCCUUCACGUUGGAUACGUGUAUAACAGCAUGGCCUAUCACUUCGGGCGCUGCGACGUAGCUCUCCCGGGCUUCAACACUUUCUUCAAGCAAAUGGCCCAAGAACAGCGCGAGAAAUCCGAGUCUCUCAUGACGUACCAGAACCUUCGAGGAGGACUGGUCACCCUCCAGCAGGUGACAGCGCCGGCCACGUCGGAAUGGGGCACUGGACUCGAUGCCAUGCACCGCGCGCUCGAACUCGAGAAGAGCGUGAACCAAGCACUGCUGGAGCUGCACAUGGUGGCACUGCAGCACGAGGACAUUCAUGCUGCCACUCUCAUCCAGACCAACUUCAUCAACCCACAGGUCGAAAAGAUCUUCACCAUCAGUCAGUACAUCACUAACCUGGAGCGAGUGGGACCUGGUCUUGGCGAAUACAUGUUCGACAAACUUCCGCAGAAUUAGCUAGUAUAAAUUGCAACUAAAACAAAUUAGAAGCGUCAAUGAUUGCACUAUGAAACGGGGACACUGCUGAGAAGAUUAUGCUUUGAGAUCUGAUGUUGAUACACAUACAUGCAUAUAAAUGAAUAAAUAAAUAAAUAAAUGAAUAAAUAGAGAGAGAAUGAAAGUGAAACAAAGCAGAAUGGUGUGAAAGUGUGCAGUUAGUAAGAAGAGACAAAAAGUGCAAUCAAAGGCUCUUUUUCAUACAUUAUAACAGCAAUAUAUUUUCAUAAUCUAGAUUUACCUUCACUUAGUUUCAAAUAUAUGUCUGUACAAUAAAACAUAAAUCUACCUAUCUAUAUAACUCUAUUUAUAUUUAUAUAUAACGCUAAAUAUCUAUCUAUCUAUCCAUCUAUAAUAUAUGUUACAGAGGCUAUUAACUAAACGUCAGCAUUAUCACGCUAACGAUAAAAAAACGAGUCUUACUUUUAUUUUCCCAUGUAUACUCUCUUGUAUUCAGCAUUUCGGGGUAAAAAGCCAUUGAAUAAACAGUCACAGGUGACAA